GUGGUCACAUGGAGUUCACUUCGUGAGUGGAACAGGCUCAAAUUGGUGGAGAAUUUGAGUGUUUGUUGGGUGGAUUUUAGCCGAAACGAGCAGUGAAACUUUGAUUCAGUUUCGUCCUCGAUGAGUGAAAGUUUGACGUUUGUACUCGACAACGGGUCGUACACUGCUAAAGCUGGACUUUCAGUCGGCCGCGCUCCACACGUCAUACCGAACUGUCUUACGAAAGCGAAGAGUGAGAGACGUAAGACGUUCGUCGGUAACCAAGUCGACGACUGUCGCGAUCUCUCCGGACUAUACUACAUAUACCCACACGAGAAAGGAUACCUCGUCAAUUGGGAUAUUGAGAAGAAAGUGUGGGAUCACGUGAUGGGGAGGGACAUGUUAGAUAUCAACCCAAGAAUGGUCUCUUUCCUCUUGACCGAACCGUGUUGUAAUUUCCCAUCGAUUCAAGAGUCAUUCAACGAGAUCGCAUUUGAAGAGUAUCAAUUCAAGUCGUUUUUUCGAUGUCCGGCGCCCAUGUUGAGCGCAUUCAAGUACAGAGUCGAGAACCCGAAGAGCGUGUGCUGCUGUGUUGUCGAUAUUGGAUUCUCGUUCACUCACAUUGUUCCCGUAUACAAUGGAUGUCUCAUCACGGCAUCGAUUCGUAGACUUGAUGUUGCCGGGAAGUUGUUGACCAACCACUUGAAAGAGCUCGUUUCCUAUCGGCAGUUGAACGUCAUGGACGAGACGUACGUGAUCAACCAGGUGAAGGAAGAAGUGUGUUUCGUAUCUCAAGACUUCUGUCGGGAUAUGGAGCUCGCGAAGCUUCGAGACGAUCGAAACACGAUCGUUAGAGACUACGUCCUUCCCGAUUUCUCUCACAUUCGACGCGGCUACGUCAAGACGGCCGAGACAACAAACACAACAGAUGCAACGUUUGAUGAACAAAUCAUUCGGUUGACAAACGAACGAUUUUCUGUGCCUGAAAUUCUGUUUCAUCCUUCUGAUAUCGGGAUCGCUCAAUGUGGCAUACCAGAGGCCAUUAGUGCGGCUAUCACUUCGACACCCGAGAUGCUUCAUCCACAUCUCUAUGCUAACAUUUUACUGACUGGCGGGUCGGCCAUGCUGCCGGGGUUAAGAGACAGAGUUUAUACGGACAUUCGUGCGCUUGCUCCUUGGGAGUACGAUGUCAACGUGUUUCAACCUCCCGAUCCUGUUGCGUGGGCGUGGCAGGGCGGCACCGCUCUGUGUAAAUCAAGAGAAUACGAACUACUGAGAGUGACACGGAAAGAGUUCCAGGAGUAUGGACUCGACGUGUGUCGGCGGCGAUUUAAUUUGGAUGCCGAUUUGACAGUCACCGCAAAGAAGGUAGAAUGGAGACGCAGUAAGGGGACUAAGAAUGCCAGUUGAUGCAUAGAGUAGGAUUAGAGUUCAAUAGGAAUUGAGUAGUAUUACAGACUUCCGUGUGUAGGUUACCAUGGGAUGUACACAUUAUGUAUUUUUUGUUGGUAAGGUA